GUCUUCGGGGGAGGCAGCGAAGCCGCGGGAAACUUUCCUGCCGGACCUUUCCAAGCCUCCUUCCUUGCCGGCCGUGGGAGGUGUGUUGCUGCGCGCGGGCGUCCCCUUCCUCGGGCUGGAGGCGAAGGCUCAGAGGGCGGCGGAGGAAAGAAAGCGCCGGCUGAAGAACAGCAUCCCUUGUCACAAUCUAGGCCCUUUGUCCUUGGUGGAGAAAUGACAACAGCCACCAUGCAGCCAGCUCAGUGCCUGGUUUCCUUUGGGGAGGUAGCUGUACAUUUCACGGCAGAGGAAUGGGCGUUGCUGACUCUGGACCAAAGAGCUCUGUACAAGGAAGUGAUGCUGGAGAAUUAUGAGCACGUGACCUUUCUGAGAUUUGCCAAACCUGAUUAUCUCUCUUACCUGGAAGAAGGUGAAGACCUGUUUGCCUUGGAUUCUGAGGAAGAGGAAAGAUCGGCAGGUGAUUGGGAUGAUGUGGAAUAUUUCAGGGAGCUUUCUGGGGUGUCGUUGGGAACAACCACGCAUGGAGCAGAGGGAGAGGCCAUUGGGAGUCAAGAAGGAUUAAGGGGGAAGAAGGGUAGCAAAGCCCAUAGCAGGAGGGAAAAAUCCAUUGCUGCACAGAGUGGUGAGAUCCAUGAAAUGUCAAUCCAGGAAGAACAUUGUGAAAGAAAGAGAGGGAAUAAGAGCCCUUUGGCCGAGAAAACGUUCCACUUCAAAUCCAUCCUUAAUCCACCUUGCAAAUUCCAAAAAGGAGAGAGCGCCUUCAAGUGCUGGGAAUGUGGAAAGAACUUUGCUAGCAGACUCAGUUUUAAGGCACAUCAAAGAUCCCAUACUGCAGAGAAGCGAUAUAAGUGCUCAAGCUGUAGCAACAGUUUUUCUGAUAAGUUGAGACUUAAUAGGCACCAGGAAGUUCACAGGAGGGAGAAACCACGUAAAUCAUUGGAAUCUGAAAAGCAUGCCAGUAAUAGAGGAAAGGUUGCCAAGCAUCAAUCCAUUCACUCAACCAAGAAACCAUAUAAAAGUGGGGAACAUGGAAAGCACUUCAGUCAGAAAAAGCAACUUACUUCACAUCCAAGAACCCACAUUGAGGAAAAACCAUAUAAAUGCACAGAAUGCAAAAAGAGCUUCAGAUGCAGCACAUCACUGACUUUACAUAGAAGAAUCCAUGCAGGGGAGAGACCGUACCAAUGCUCAGACUGCCCCUGGAAUUUUUCUGCCAAAUCAACAUUUAUUAGGCAUCUGAGAAUCCACACAGGUGAAAAGCCAUAUAAAUGCUUGGAUUGUCCAAAGACCUUCCGUUUGAGUUCACACCUCCAUGUACAUCAACAAAUCCACAGAGGGACAAAGCCAUAUAAGUGCCUGGAAUGUGGGAAAAGUUUCAGUAGAAGUGGGAGCCUCAUUUCACAUCAAAGAAUUCACACAGGAGAGAAACCAUAUAAAUGCUUGGAGUGUGGAAAGAGUUUCAGACACAGGUGUGGCCUUACUUCUCAUCAAAGAACACACACAUGGGAAAAAACAUAUACAUGCCCAGUGUGUGAGAAGAGUUUCCGAUGGCGCGCAGCUCUAGUCACCCAUCAAAGAAUCCACACAGGGGAGAAACCAUACAAAUGCUUGGAAUGUGGGAAAUGUUUCCGGGAUAGCUCACACCUGACCUCACAUCAACGUACUCACACUGGCGAGAAACCAUAUAAAUGCACUGAGUGUGGAAAGUUCUUCAGGCAGAGUUCACAACUCAAUUUACAUCGAAAAUUGCAUGCUGGGGAGAAACCAUAUAAAUGCUCAAAAUGUGGAAAGAGCUUCAAGGUGGUUGGUGGCCUAACUAAUCAUCAGAAAAUACACAGAGAAGAGAAGCCACACAAGUGCUCAGAGUGUGGGAGAACCUUCAGACACACCAGCAGCUUAAAGGCACAUGAAAGGACCCACACAGGAGAGAAGCCAUAUAAAUGCCUGGAGUGUGGAAAGAGCUUCAGGCAGGGUACACACCUUAGUCAACACCGAAGAAUUCACACAGGGGCGAAGCCAUAUAAAUGCUUUGAAUGUGGGAAGAGCUUUCGUGUGAGCUCAAGCUUUACAGCUCAUCAAAGAACGCAUACAGGAGAGAAACCUUAUCAGUGCUUGGUGUGUCAAAAAAGUUUCCUCCAUUGUGGACAUCUUCGUAAACAUGAAAAAGUUCACACUGGCGAGAAACCAUAUAAGUGUCUUGAGUGUGGAAAGAGCUUCAAACACAGCAGAAGCCUUACUGAUCAUGGAAGAAUUCACACAAGGGAGAGGCAUUGGUACAGCCCUUAUCAAAGAAAUCAUCAUUGGAUCCUGUUGAUCCAGCUAAUUACUGCCCAGUUUCGCAUCCCUCGUUUCUGGAUCAGCGGCAUAAAAUACAGCGCGCGCACAGUGCUAACUAGAGAAACAGUGAGGAAAGCAGGAAUAGAAGUUCAAGGGUCGGGUUAUAUUUACCAGUUCCAGGAGAAGUUUGAGAGUGAAGAAGGUUCCAUGGAGGAGCACCAAGGAAGGGAAGAGAGGAGACUCAGCCGCACUGAGCCUGUUCAUGAGGAAAUACUCAGGUCCUACCGUGACCAAGGCCUUACUGUGAGCAUUGUGGUGCCCUCCUCAGAAAACUGGGUUGAAGGAGGCAAAGCUUGCGCCGCUUUUGAGUCUUCCGGGCUGCCGUUUGAAUGGCUGGGAGGGAAUCUGCUUUGGGUGUCUUUUGAAGAGGUGGCUGUGCGUUUCACCAAGGAGGAGUGGGCCCUGCUGCACCAGCCCAGAAUGCUCUGUACAAGGAAGUUUACUGUUGAGAAGGAAGUCACUGUUGAGGAAUGGGUGAUCAGGUCCAUGACCUACGCUUCGGAUCCUGUGUGUCAAUCUGGCAGGAAUGUGGGAUUCUUCUCUCUGAGAAGGGAGGCCCUGCCUAGCAGUCCUGUGCCUGAAGCGCGUGAGAGGGCAUCAGAAGAGCACUCCUCCAGACUUAAUAUGCAUUGGAAUACCAAUAACAGAAAAACAAUAUAUAAAUGCCUGAAGUGUGGGAAAAGCUUUUGGCAGAAGGUUAAGUUAACUUCCCAUCAAAGAAUUCACACAGAGGAGAAAAAAUAUAAAUGCCUUGAGUGUGGGAAAAGCUUCAAUCAGAGUGGAAAUCUUAGUAACCAUCAAAGAAGUCAUAGAGGGGAGAAACCCUAUAAAUGCCUGGAUUGUGGAAAAGGCUUCAGUCGGAGUUCAUACCUUAAUUCCCAUCAAAUAAUUCACACAGGGGAGAAACCAUAUAAAUGCCUGGAAUGUGGAAAAAGGUUCAGUCAAAUUGGAAGCCUUACUUCCCAUCAUAGAAUUCACACAGGAGAAAAGAAAUAUAAAUGCCUGGAGUGUGGAAAAAACUUCAGUCAGAGUGCACACCUUACUUCUCAUCAAAAAAUUCACACAAGGGAGAAAAAAUAUAAAUGCCUGGAAUGUGGGAAAAGCUUCAUUCAGAGUGGAAACCUUACUUCCCAUAAAAGGGUUCACACAGGAGAGAAGCCAUAUAAGUGCCAGGAGUGUGGGAAAACAUUCAGUUACCGUGGACACCUUACUGCCCAUAAAAGAAUUCACACAGGGGAGAAACCCUAUAAAUGCCUGGAGUGUGGAAAAGGCUUCAGUCAGAGUUCACACCUUACUUCCCAUAAAAGAAUUCACACAGGGGAGAAACCAUAUAAAUGCCUGGAGUGUGGGAAAAUCUUUGCGAGGAAGGACAAGCUAACUUGCCAUCAAAGAAUUCACACAGGGGAGAAACCAUAUAAAUGCCUGCAGUGUGGGAAAAGCUUUAGUCAGAGUGGAAACCUUACUUCCCACCAAAGAAUUCACAUGGGGGAAAACCCUUAGAAAUGCUGGGAGUGUGGAAAGAUGUUGCAUCAAAACAAAGCAAAUUAGAAAGGAUUGUGAUAAGUAUCUACAAUAGACAGUUGAUAUCAUCCUUUUAAAUGAUAUAAAUCUCCCAGACUCAUGAUUUGACUUCUGCAAGUGGCUGGCUGAGCCACACAGCAAAUAAGAAGUAAUGCAGAGAUAAUGGCCAACAAUAACAAUCCCCUUUGACCCUACAACAGACAGGCUAGGGAAAGGAUAUCAGCUGUGCUCCAUAUUUGCCAUAUUGAGGGGCUCGGUGUGGAACCCAUGGGAAACUUGUGAUUUGAGUUAUCGGAUAUUCUGGGGGGAAGGGAUAUCAGGCUUUGAGGGAUCCUCCAGUACACCAAAUAUGUUCCACUACCCCUGUCUUCUCACCAACACAUCCUGGUGAAGAAAUGAACAGCUACCCUCUGAUUGUCUUCACCUGAGCUGUGAAGUUUGGUUUCCUCCAGCUACGAGAAUGAGUCCCUUUCAGAGUGAGUGACAUUGGUUGGUUCCAUAUAGAUAGGAUUUAUGCACAUAACAGCAGUAACUGGUCUUCCACAUGGCAGGUUUCCCUGUUCCAAUUCCCCAGGAGCGGCCUCCUUCCCUCCCCUGGGCUUACUACAGCAUUAGCAUUUUUUUAAAAAAAAUUGGUACUAGAAUAUUGUUAUAUUGGUACCGUUGUACCAAUAGCUGUAGCAGGUUCUCUGAAUGUUCAGCUUUCUCUUUUUCAUUAAUUGAGCCCACUGACUAAUGGGAAGCCAAUAGAAUGACUGCAGAAUGGGAGUGGUAUGCAAGCUUUGCCUAGCUCCUAAUAAUAAUCAGGCUGCUGCAUUCUACAUCAACUGGAGUGUUCAAAUUCAUCUCAAGGGAAGACCUAUGUAGAGCGCAUUACAGUAGUCAAGUCUCGAUGUUACCAUGGCAUGAACUCAGGUGAUCAGAUCAGUUGUGUUGUGGAAGGGGCAGUCAUCCAGGCUAGAUUAAGUUAGAAGAAAGUGGGUUUUUUUAUAGCUGCAUUAACUUGCUUCUCCAGCUGCAGUCCUGGAUCCAGGAUAACCCCAUGGCUCUUAACUGAGUCUGCAAGGGUCAACUGAAUCCCAUCAAAAGUGCUGAGCACAGUGUCCUUGAGGAUGUUAUGUCUUCUCAAUCAACAUCACUUCCAUCUUAGCUGGGUUCAGUUUUUGUUUGUUCACUUUCAGCCAUUUGACUACAUCUGUCAGACAGCAGCUUAAGGCACCUUGAAGACCAAUAAGAUGUGUGGGUUACAAACUUUUGAGAGUCACGGCUCCCUUUGUCAGUUAGAAGUAGGAAUGGAAAGUUGUAUCGGGUAAUGCAUAUAUCAUUAUCCAACAUCUAUAUAUAACUUUAAGAAAUUAUAUGUAACCUUAAAAUACUUUUCAAGCUGGAACUGUUUUUAACUGAAAUGCAUCUCAAAUGAAUGUAAUAAAGAUUAAGGGAAAUGAAGAGGAGCUUGCUGGACUUUAGAGAUCAUUUUAUAAUCGGAAUAAAAAUAAAUAUGAACAUUGGUACUCAAUAAAAUACAAAGGGACUUACACGUUUUACCAUAAAUAGUAUCUGUCUAUUAAGAAUGUUGAAUGAUAUGCUGGAUGCUAUUGUAAGCAGAUCAUUGUGAAGGUUUUUUCUUUUUUCUUGUCUUAUUUGUUCCUUUUUCUUUCUUUUUUUCUCUUCUUUUU